AUACACAGAUAAGGCAUAGAAAAUGUGGGAUCUUUAUAUGAAUAAGUCACCAAGACACAAACAGAUCUGAAGAGGUACUGUUAAUUACAUGGCUCUUUUUUAAUGCACUGGCACCGUGACACGGAAUAAAAAUUGGAAUACUGUAUAUUCUUUUCGUAUCUUCAGCAACGUGGUAAUGGAGGGCGUAGCAGACGUACAGAACGUCGACAAUGUUACUGUAUUUAGUAACACUACAGGGAUGAUAAGUCCACCUGGUCCGUCAACUCUUAAAACCGUUUUCGACAUCGUCAUUAAAAUCACACUUAUUAUCAUAAUGUUUGGGAUGGGAAGUGCCACAGAAUUAGAACCACUUUUGAAGCAUAUCAAACGACCAGUCGGAAUACUUAUUGGGAUGUUGUCACAGUUUGCUGUCUUGCCAUUGGUUACUUUCGGAUUGGCACAUGCGCUGAUGCUGCCAAAUGUCCCCGCACUAGGAAUGCUGGUGAUGGGUUGUUGUCCGAGCGGCUCCACAUCAAACGUGUUCACGUAUUGGGUAGAUGGUGAUGUCCCCCUCAGUAUAUCAAUGACCACUGUCUCCACUACCCUCGCCUUUGGUCUGAUGCCUCUUAAUCUGCUGAUCUACAGUGGGAGCUGGACUAGUGACGACCUCGUUAUACCGUACAUCAACAUACUCAUCUCAUUUGCCAUGACCAUCACGCCAGUCAUUCUAGGCAUUUUACUGCGCUGGAAGUUUCCAAAAAUCGCCCUUGUUGUUGUAAAGGUGGGCAGUAUAGCUGGUGCUUUUUCUGUAGUCCUUACCCUAACACUGUUGAGUUUACUCUACCCCUUCAUGUAUAGCGCCUCCUGGAAAAUAUACCUCGGAGCAAUUCUUUUGCCCUUUGUUGGCUUUCUGUUUGGUUACAUAGUGGCCUCAAUAUUUCGGAUGGAGCACUUCCAGCGGAGAACGGUAGCACUGGAAACGGGAAUUCAGAACUUCCCCUUGUGUAUGACUUUGUUGUCGCUCUCGUUUUCUCGGGACAGGUUCGCCGAAAUCUCGCUGUUUCCGUUACUUUACGGGGUGACUUGUAUCCUGGCCAGUGUGGUGUUCGCCGGGAUAUUCCGAAUCGUGAAGGUUUUUGCCACGAAAUCUAGUGAACGAAAGGAAAAUGGUUGUACAGAAAAUCUACAAGAAACGAUUGAAACAACAAAAAGGUUUCUAGAUGACUAAGAUUUUGAUGAAUAAUUUUGAAAAAAUAAUGUAGGUGUGUAUGAGAUUUAAAAAAAAAUCCUUUAUUUAUUCAUCUGUCAAUUUCGUUUUUUUUUCUUAUUUCGAUUUAUCUUUUUAUGCAGUAUUCAAUUACAUAAAUCUCAAUGA